UUAUGACCAAUUUUUUUAAGCUAUUGAAAUAUAAUCAUGACUUAAUUAAAAAAUAAAACAUCUUAAAAUCAACAAACAAAACUACGAGCACAGUGCACAGAUAAUGUUUACAUAAUCAUCCUAAUCUAAUGUUUAAUUUUGAUAGUUGGUUAAUUCACUCAAAACAUCCUCUAAAAUCCUUUAAAGAGAUAGGUAGUUUUAAUUUUAAACCAAAGAACUGGACCACUAGCUUCCACCAUCAUUAAAUUACUGUAGGUAUUUACGUAUUAUUAUGGUCGUUUAUGAUAAUUUAUAUUUUAAUUAAAUAUAAUAAAUACACUGCUUAUACGUGAUUUUAUCGAGUACUAACCUAUACAUAAUAUUUAACCACAAAUAAUGUUGUAAUUUUCAUAAACACUUGUAUCAAUUAGGUGUUAUAAUAUUGUAUUAUUUAUAAAUGUAUACCAAUAAUAUUAUAUAAUAUACUAUUGCCUAGUGCCUUUAAAAUAAUAUAUAGACGUACAAAAUUUUUUCUCGUUGCUGAGUAAUAAACAAUCAUUUCAUUUAACGUGCGAGUGUUUUUUUUUUAAAAUCAAUUUCCUUUAUUUUUUUACAAAUCAACACAACCUUUUAACAUACAAGUAAGUCGAUCAUUGCGUUACACACGCACGCACGCACGCACGCACGCAAGCACACACUCACACACAAAUCUUAAACGUACGCCCGGCAGCAGCACAGGACACAGACACGCCGAGGAUAAAAUGGAAGUGGAACAAGAGCCCGUCGCCGCGAUAGUGAAAACGAAGGAAGAGUGCCUGUGGAAGGCGAAGCUGGCGCAGGAGGCCAACAGGUUCGAGGACAUGGCCCGGUACAUGAGACGGGUGGCCGAGUGCGGGGAACCGAUGACCAAAGACGAAGACAACAUGAUGGCGGCGGCGUACAAACACCUGUUAGAUACGAAGCGGUCGUCCAGGCGGACGCUGGUGACUGUCGAACAGAAGGACGGCAUCGCGUCCUGGGAGGCCGCGGCGGCCCGGCAGUAUCGCGAGCGCGUCGACGACGAGUUGCGCGCGCUGUGCACCGAAGUGCUGGCCGUGGUCGACGAGUGGCUGACGUCCGACCGGUCGAACGCCUCGGACCCGGCCACCGGCGUGUUCUACUGGAAGCUGUGCGCCGACUACAACCGGUACGUGGCCGAGGUGAUUGACGACCCGGGCGACCGGGCGGCCGUGGUGGCCAGGUCCAGGGCAGCGUACGAGCGGGCCGACCAGAUAGGCCGCACCGCGCUCCGGCCCGUCGACCCGGUCCGGCUCGGGCUCAUGCUCAACUACUCCGUGUUCCUGUACCAGGUGUGCCAGCAGCGCCGGCAGGGCCUGGACGUGGCCAAGCACGCGUUCGACGAGGCCGUGGCCCAGAUCGACACCAUCGACGACCUCAUGUACGACGACUCGACGCUCAUACUGCGGCUCAUCCGCGACAACCUCAAUAUCUGGAUCCAAGAGAACGGCGGCGAGUCGUACGCCGCCGCCGUGGCCACCGCCGCGGCCGUCGUCGCCGGGACGGACGACCCGCAGCAGCAGCAGCAGCAGCCGCAGCAGGCGCUGUCCACCUUGCCCGUGGCGGACGACCGAAUGGCCGUGACCGCGAUCGCCGCGUCCACUGUCAUGCUGUCGCUGUCGCCGCCGAACGUCGAAUCGCAGAACGAUGACCUCGAUCGUCAAACGUUGCGGGACAACGUCAAUUAA